AUGGACGUGAAAGACAUAAAGUCAACGGUCUCCAACUUGGAGAAGUCAACGGAUGACACGACGAUCUUGAAGCUUUUGAACAUCCUCAACGACGGCAUCGAGCCCACAGAGAAGCUCUUACGAGAAACAAAAGUUGGUGUAGCGGUGAACAAGUUCCGGUCAAAUGGAAACAGCGAAAUCAGCACGUUAGUGAAGAGAAUGAUCAAGAAAUGGAAGGAGGUAGUGCAGAACGAGAAGAACGCUAAAAAGGCACAGUCAGCUAAAGACACUUCAUCGUCUCCUUCUGGCUCAGCUACGCCAGCAAGACCAGCUCCAGGCUCCACAGGAGGCAAAUUCCACAGUGGGCCUCGAAACCCGAAGACCGACGGCGUUGAUACCACCAUCUACGACAACGCGACCCGAAACGCCUCGGUAAGCGCCUUGUACACUGCAUUAGCAAUAGAACGAGACGACGAUUCAAAAACCAUCAUAAAUGUGGCAAUCAAGAUAGAGAGUGAAGUGUUUGCCGAGGAAUACAGUAAAGUAAACGACGUAUACAGAAAUAAGUUGAGAACGCUCACGAUGAACUUGCGGAACAAGAAGAAUCCAGACUUAAGAGCCAAUUUGUUGACCGGAUCGUUAAAACCAGAGAAGUUCAUCAAAAUGACCCCCAACGAGAUGGCUCCUGAGGCGUUGAGACAGGAGAUGGAGAAAUUGCACAAGCAAAAUCUUUUCGACGCUCAGGGUGCUACAGAAAAGAGAGCUGUCACUGAUAGGUUCACGUGUGGCAAGUGUAAGCACAAGAGGGUGAGUUACUACCAGAUGCAGACGAGGUCUGCCGAUGAGCCCUUGACGACGUUUUGUACGUGUGAAAAUUGCGGCAACCGCUGGAAAUUUUCUUAG